CGGUUCCCAGGGUUCCGUGAGAGCCUAUUUGCCCCACCCCACCUCUUCAGUGCUGGCUAAGAUUGCUUUGCCCUGCUCUCGGACAGAGACAGAAGGGGGAAGAAUUAACGUUUAAAAAUAAAGCCUUUUAUGGGCUACCCUCACACAUCCAGCGGUUCGCCGAGGGACUCGCGCAAACAGCGUGGAGGAAUGUGAGCGCGCGCGCGGAUCAGUCUCACCGGCCUUCUGCACGUGCGCGAGAGGUGCAGCUCCGAACGCUGAACCCGAAGCUGAGGCUGUCAGCGCCGAGGUUAAACAGUCGCGAGAUAUGUGGAAAAAACGAUAGAUUUCUCUCGUUCGGUCGUUUUAGCGUGUUGGGAUUGUGACCGCGACUGUUUGGGUUUGUUUUUGUUCAGUUGAGGGGAGCUUCGAAGCGAAAGGAAGGACGUACGCUGAAUCUCAGGAGAAGCUUACUAACGAAGGCCCCUUGGAUUGGAGGGGGGGCAGUAGCCAUCGCAGAAACGGGCGAAAUGAGGAAAGAUUGAAUUAUUUCCACAGACAAAAGACAAUAUACGGAUUUACGUCUUCUACAAAACACAGGACAUGUUUUGAGAUUUUCGGAUUCUGGGUGGGAAGCUAGAACAGCACGAAAAGGAUAGUUGCAGCUAAAUAAUUUUCGCUGGUCUUGCUAGCCAGCUAGCUAGGCUACACGGCUGCCUCUGUGUGGAUCAGGGCUACAAGUAGGAAACGAGGGCCUUGUUAUGGUGAAAUGGUUAAAACCCAACAAGACCCGUGUGUAUGUGUUUCAGUGUGUUUGAGGAAUUGGUAACGAGUUGUUGUUUUAUUUUUCACUCAGUACGUUAGGUAAAUCCGUUUCGUGACAUGAACUCGUCUUUUCUUCGGCUCUUCGUUGGAAAGUUGAGGGUGGAGGCCUCGAGUGAUCAAUGGAUGGAUAUUAAGCUUCUUUAGCUGUCUAGGACGUGAGCAUUAGCUUGUAAAUCGAGCAUAUUUAAGCGAACAUUUGUUACCGAUCGCUUUUCUAAAAUUCAGACUCCUCUUUACCCUUUCACCCAGAGCUAUGAAAACACGCAUAAUGAACUCGUUAGUCAUACAUCAAUGUCAUGGCUGAAAUGGUCAUUGAGGUAGGCUAUAGGUUACAUUGCGACCACUUCAAAGAUGUGUAGCCUACAUGUCCUGGGCAGUUCGAGUAAUAUCGUGGAUCGAGCACAAAUAGAAUAAGCUUUGUUCGUGUGUUUAUUUUUUGUCACAUUUCCUCUGGACCUACUCUUUCGCGGGAAAGAUGGGCUGCUUGGGCAACAGCAAGACCGAGGAUCAGAGGAACGAAGAGAAGGCGCAACGGGAAGCAAACAAGAAAAUCGAGAAACAGCUUCAGAAAGACAAACAGAUCUACAGGGCCACGCACCGACUGCUACUUUUGGGUGCUGGGGAGUCUGGGAAGAGCACUAUUGUUAAGCAGAUGCGGAUUUUGCAUGUUAAUGGCUUCAAUGCUGAAGAGAAGAAACAGAAGGUUCAAGACAUUAAGAACAACAUUAAAGAGGCCAUAGAGACUAUAGUUGCUGCUAUGAGUACUCUUGCUCCACCCGUCCAGGUCGCCUGUCCAGAAAACCAACGGCGAAUUGAAUACAUCACCAACUUACCUAAUCAGAAGAACUUUGAGUUCACAUCUGAGUUUUAUGAAAAUACAAAAAGGCUAUGGCAGGAUGAUGGAGUGAAGGCCUGUUACGAGCGCUCCAAUGAGUAUCAGCUGAUUGACUGUGCACAGUACUUUUUAGACAAAAUCGACAUUGUGCAGCAGAGUGACUACACACCAUCUGACCAGGACCUGCUCAGAUGCAGAGUUCUGACCUCCGGUAUUUUUGAGACAAGGUUCCAGGUGGACAAAGUCAACUUCCACAUGUUUGAUGUAGGUGGGCAGAGAGAUGAGCGUCGGAAGUGGAUCCAGUGUUUUAAUGACGUAACUGCCAUCAUCUUUGUAGUGGCCAGCAGUAGCUAUAACAUGGUCAUCCGAGAAGACAAUCAAACCAACCGCCUCCAAGAAGCACUUAAUCUCUUCAAAAACAUCUGGAACAACAGAUGGUUGCGGACCAUCUCUGUAAUUCUCUUCCUGAAUAAGCAGGACCUCCUAGCUGAAAAGGUCAUGGCGGGAAAAUCAAAAAUCGAGGAAUAUUUUCCUGAGUUUGCUCGCUACACCACACCAGAUGAUGCAACCCCCGAGCCAGGAGAGGAUCCGCGAGUCACAAGGGCGAAAUAUUUCAUCCGGGACGAAUUCCUGAGGAUCAGCACAGCAAGCGGUGAUGGCCGCCACUAUUGUUAUCCACACUUCACGUGCGCAGUGGACACGGAGAACAUUCGCCGCGUCUUCAACGACUGCCGAGACAUCAUCCAGAGAAUGCAUCUCCGCCAGUAUGAGCUCUUGUGAUCGGCCGAGCUUCAGAGGCAAACUUUUAAAGAGACUGACUUUUGAAAAUCUUGUGUUUUCGGCGGAGUUUGAGAGUGAUGGAUCGUCUAAGAGCUGUGGGCUUCAGGCCCUUUACACCACAUAAACACACACACACACACACACUUUUAUCAUGCUGUUGAGGACCAAAUAUCAUGCCUUAUCCAUUUGAAGCAGCAGCCCCAUUUCAAGGCAGUUAACUGCACACACAUACAUACACUGACUGAGACGUAAAAGUUUAUUUAAAAGUCAAGUUAUAUGAUCAUUUGCAUAAGUAGAUGAUACACAGACGUAUCUAAAAUUGCUCAACCUGACAAAAGUUGUACUCCUACAAACACAUAGCUUACAGUUUCUAGUUUUGCUUCUUGUGUCAGCUCACCCACACAUCAGUGUGUGUGCCACAACACACACGCCCCACACAUACACACACACACACACACACACACACACACACACACAACGCUGACCCUGGCAGUACCUGACAGUCUUGAGCUGAUUUGUGAUGGCCCCACUGCUGGACCUGAAUCACAGGACUGUGCUUGACUGUUGAGUUUUCAGUUGGCUGGAUCAGCUUUAUUUGCCAUCCCUUGACCUCUCUUAUGGAGAGAAGGAUGAUUUCCUCACCAAUGCUAGAAGAGCAGGACAGGCCGCAGUGAAGAUGGACACUUGAGAUGCAACCUUGUCACGUGACUUGCUAACUGCUUUCGGAAUGAUAAACUUGAACGAUCGCAACUCUCCACUCCGCAUCCCCACUCCCUUCUUUGAUCUACUAAUUUAAUGCAAAUAAUUUGAUUGAGAGCACUCUUGCUUUUGGGGGGAGAACACACACACAUACACACACACACACACACACACACACACACAAAACAGGUAAAGAUGACUCUUGCCAAUGGAAUACUGCUCCCCUCUACUGUAUUUCCUAUUGGUCACUCUUGCCAUCUUCCCAGUCCAACUUUUCCUGUUCUCCUGCUCUCUCUUCCCCCUCCAACCCUCUAUUUUAUUGCUGGACUAUUAUUCUUGUACAGACUGCAAAAUGUAUUAUUUUGUACUUUACUGAAAAAAAGACUUGUAGAAGUUCCUGUGCCUUGAUCACAACACUGCGUGUAAAAAGAAAAAAGAGCUAAAGGCGUAAGGUAUGUCUGCGCUGUAUUGCUUAGCCUCUUAGCCACCCUUCCAACCAAUCAGUUGAGCCUCUUUGUUGCUCUUUCUCUUUCUGUCUCUCUCUCUCUCUCUCUCUCUCUCUCGCUCUCUCUCUCUUUCAUGCCUCUGCUUCUCCCAUGUUGUGUUAUUCCAGAUUGCUUUACAUCCACAUGCCCCCCCUUCCUGAAGAGAGAAAUAAUAAUUAGAACAAGUAUGGAUGUAAAAACAAACAGCUUCUUGGUUUUUAAUUGAAUCAAGGAAAUUUGACAUCAAUGCACUUCAUGUUUUGUGCAUUACUGCAAUUGCAAUCCUGUAUCCAGGGGACUGGAAAAUGACCUUACUGUUUUAUUUCAGUUUUAGCUUUAAGGUUAAAAGGUGGUGGGGGAGGGAGGUGGCUAUCCAAAUGCAAAACCUGGCUUGUUUCUACAUUAUUCCAUUUUUCCUAACUAAAGAAGAAGCCAAAAUAGUUCUGUUUUGAGUCAUUCUUGGCUGUGUCUCAAGGAAAUCAUGACAUAAAAAGAGGAUUCACAUUA